AUGAAUCAACAAAGUGAAGAUUUAAGUGCCGAAAACGAUAGAUUUUCUGAUAUUAAUUUAUCACUUGAUGAGGAUGAAUUUAUUGGACAACCAAUCUCUUCUGAGGAUAUAGAACCAGCACAUUCAGAAGAACCAGACUUGGUAUCUAUUAAAAAUAACAAAUUAUGUACAUUAUCUACAAUUCAUGAGGAAUCAAAAGAUAUCUCAAAUAAUCCAUUAUUAAAAGAUAUUUCAUUAAACUUUCAUGGGUUUGACAAAAUGUCAGAAAAUAUUAAUAAUCAAUCAGAUGUUAGUUCCCAUGUACCUUCAUUAGUAAGUAGUACAGGAGGAAGUUACUCAAAAAAUUCAAAAGCUUUAAGUGAUAGAAGAAGUGAAAUUUCAAAUGCUUCUUCAAAAAGAUCAAGUAAUAUAAUAAGCAGGAGGAGUGAAAUUUCAAAUAUGUCUUCACAAUUAUCAAAUAACAGUAGAAAUAGUCAAAAGAGACGCGAAAAAGAAUGUAGAAAUGUUAUGGAGAGUAUUGAUAAGUUAAGAAACAUAAGCUUAAACGAUAGUAGUCAUUUUCAAAGACCUGAUUCUAAAACAUCAAACUUUUCAAUGCAUGAUAAUAUUAUAAAUGAGAAAAAUUGUGUGAAAUUUAAUCCUGUUCAUCAAUCUGUUGGAAGUAGUUUUUUUCAUCAGAAUACAACAACAAAUUCAAGAACUAGCAACUAUACUUCAAAAGUUAAUACUCAAAAUGAUAACAAUAAAAGUAUACAUGAAGAUAAAGAUACUGGUUUAGAUCAAAUUCAAAAUAUGUUAACUAAUUUAAGAAAAAAUAGUGUAGAAGUAAAGGUUAAUACAGACGAAGUACCAUUAUCUGAAAUGAAAUCGUUUAAGUUUUUAAAUGAUAUUAUUGAAAGAACAACAAAUGUUUUUUUAAAAGAUCAUUUUGAGUAUUUAAAUGAAAAUCAAGCUUUCUUUGAAAUGAGUCCAGGAUUUUUGGCUCAAUAUAUUCCUGAAACAAUUGAUGAAAAAUGUACAAAUCAAUCUAAAAUACUUAAUAGAAAGGGUAAUGAACAUCACAAAAACGAAAAUAAAACGUAUGUUGAAUUAACUGGACGAAAUGAAUCAGGUAGAAACUCGGUAAUCUCUAAUCAAAUGGAAGGAAGCUGCAAUAUUAAAAGCGUAGACUCUGCCGCAUUCUUUGCUGAAUAA